AUGUCUCAGAAUCAACGGGAGGCCUGGGAGCGCGUGCAGCUCAUGCUGCAAAAGCGCAAGGGUAACUUUGGCGGCAUCCCCGGUGGUGGCCGCGGCGGCGGCAUGGGUCUGGCUGGUUUGGUGCUUCUCGGUGUCGGCGCCUGGGCAGUCUCAAAUUCCCUUUUCAACGUCGACGGUGGUCACCGCGCUAUCAAGUACUCGCGACUGAGUGGUGUGAAGAAGGAAAUCUAUAGCGAAGGUACUCAUAUCCGGAUUCCCUGGUUUGAGACCCCUAUCAUCUACGAUGUCCGCGCCAAACCCCGCAACAUUGCCUCCUUGACCGGCACCAAGGAUUUGCAGAUGGUCAACAUCACCUGUCGUGUCCUAUCGAAGCCCCGCAUCGACGCUCUUCCUCAGAUUUACCGAACCCUCGGCCAAGACUUCGACGAACGUGUGCUUCCCUCGAUCGUGAACGAAGUGUUGAAGAGUGUCGUGGCUCAGUUCAACGCUAGCCAGCUGAUCACUCAGCGUGAGAACGUUGCCCGUCUGGUUCGCGAGAACUUGGCUCGCCGCGCUGCGCGCUUCAACAUCGCUCUGGACGAUGUUUCCUUGACUCACCUGACCUUCUCCCCCGAAUUCACCGCUGCUGUCGAGGCUAAGCAAGUCGCCCAGCAGGACGCUCAACGAGCUGCCUUCCUGGUUGACAAGGCUCGCCAAGAGAAGCAGGCUUUCAUUGUCCGCGCACAGGGUGAGGCUCGCUCCGCCGAGCUGAUUGGUGACGCGAUCAAGAAGAGCAAGAGUUAUAUCGAGCUGCGUAAGAUUGAGAAUGCCCGACAGAUUGCCACUAUUAUCCAGGAGAACGGCGGUCGUAACAAGUUGUACCUCGACAAUGAGGGUCUGGGCUUGAACGUCCACGCGUCGACCGAGGAGGGCAAAUAA